GAGUGACGAAACCUCCCUGUCGCUACUUAAAGGUCGGCAGCUCAGUGACGGGAGGUGAAUGUUGCGCUUCCCGGUUCUGCUUAAACUAGGUUCUAACGCAGUCCCUGUUUGAUCACAGCGCCUGAUGAGAGCGGCGGUCCUCACUCCAUUGCUAAGGCCGAAGCGAACGGCUCCGCUCCCCCAGUGUGACGCUCAACUGAUCGGGGCCAAGCAGGUCAGAGAGUCCGGGUCGUGCACAGUGACCGCAGUAUGGAGAAGAGUUUACAUGUGUGUGGGCUACGGGCAGCCGGCGCCAAGCAGCCUCCCACCGAGCUGGAGUGCUCCAGAUCUGCAGCGGGUACCUGCCCCUCCGAGCUGACUCUCUCCUGCAAAGUGCUGCCGCUUCUCAAUACUUUCCUCAAGAAGAAACACGCGCAGAGGAAGUUGGAGGUGAGGAAUCACCGAGCGCUCGGGUUAAUCCUCACCAGCUUGUUACGGUCGGACAGAUUGGGCGACGGGGUGUUACUUUGCGGCAGCUGCGUAGAAAAUCGGACCGGUUUGUUUGAAUCUCUGAAAAAAGACUCGAAGGAAACUCGAGCGUGCCCGAUGUCAGGAAAUGAUGUUUCCACCCUAAUGCCAUCUGCGGGAAGUCCUGGCCAGAUGCGACCGCUGCCGGCGCUGGAACACGAUAGCCCGGAAACUCGGCUCCCAGCUGAUCGGUCCUUUGCCACAGAAGCAUCAGCCAUUAUCUCCACGGCUGCACACUCGCUCUUCCAGAACGCAACUUGCUACUCCACCCAAGAUGCCAUCACCACAGAGCGCUGUAACACCACAGCUCAGCCUCCUGUCGACAACUUCUGUCAGAACCCCCCCUCUCAUGAUCUGCUGCCCCAGGUGAAAGUUGAGAAAGAUGCAAAGACUGGCAUUUUCCAGGAUAAGAGCGAGGAGGCAUCCAUUGACCUUGUCUUUGAUCUUUUGACCCAGUUACAGUAUCACACCCAUCAGGAAGAUGGGAUAGGAAUAUGUGACGAAUUUUUGCAGGGAAUUUGUGUUUAUGGGAAUGACUGUCUGAAACAUCACACAGUUCUACCCUAUCAUUGGCAGCUGAGAAAUAUAAUAACACAGACUUGGCAGGCAGUGUCUGAUGAUGCACAAGAACAUUUAGAAAGACUGUACUGCAAUCCUGAAAAUGACCAAGUCAAACUUCAAUACCAGGGUCGUGUUUUCUCACUGGAUUUUAACUUGAUGACCGUUUAUGAUGUAGAAUUCAACCAAGUGAGGAGAUUGUCCACUGUUUCCAUGGCAAAUUCCAGCUCUCAAUUCCACACAGUUUGGAAGUACUAUUGCAGGGAACACUUUGGCUGGAGAGAGUAUUCUGAGGCUGUUGUUCAGUGUAUUGAGGAAGCUUCAUCCCGUGGCAUGAGUGAGAUCUGCUUUGUUAUGCAGCAAAACAGAUAUAUCCUGAAUUUAACGGAGGGCUUUCAGCAGAAUGCUGUAUUUGGUACUCGGCGACGAAUCACUCGACGACCCUUGUUUUGCUCUCGUGUAAUGCUGUUACCUUGUUUACAGACUCUAGCUGGUACAUUGGGCAGUCUCUCAAAAUUACCAGAUGGGUCAGUUGCUCCACAAGUCAGCUUUCCUGCUGUCUCUUCCCAUGCAAAACACUAUCCUGAAACGUGGAUUUCAAUGGAACUAUCGGAAGAUUUCAUUCAAGUGCCUGUCUCCAUCGAAGAUAAGAGCUAUAGAACUGUGUACAAUCUUUUCCACAAAACAAUACCAGAAACCAAAUUUAGGAUUUUAAAUAUACUGAGGGUACAAAAUCCAUAUCUUUGGGAAAAAUAUAAAAGGAAAAAGGAGUACAUGUCACGAAAGAUGUCUGAAAUGGACAAGAUCCUUAAUGAAAGACACCUAUUUCAUGGAACCUCCCAGGAUGUAGUUGAUGCCAUCUGUAAACAUAACUUUGACCCCAGGGUGUGUGGAAAACAUGCCACGAUGUUUGGUCAAGGCAGCUAUUUUGCCAGAAAGGCAAGCUAUUCUCACAACUUCUCAAAGAAGUCCCAAGAAGGUGUUCAUUAUAUGUUUUUAGCAAAAGUCCUUAUAGGGAAGUAUACGUUGGGCAAGCCUUCAAUGCGGAGACCACCACCACAGUCCCUUACUGACCCUUCCAGUGACUUGUAUGAUUCAUGUGUGGAUAAUCUGCUGGAACCUCAGAUUUUUGUCAUCUUUAAUGAUGACCAGAGCUUCCCCUACUUCAUUAUUCAGUAUGAGGAAGUUGGAAGUAUAGUCACUGUUUGAUGGACAAUGAUUUAACAGUUAUUACAAACAAAGACCUGGAGAUGCUACAAUGAACUUGUCUACACACUAUAGACUUUGAGGUCUUUAUAAAUGGAGUUAGAGAAACUACAUGACUCUCUCAAAUGACCACCUGAUGUGAGACUACUGGAUUUGCAGUUCCUUGACCAGUGUAAAUAGUAUAAUACAUUGCCUUGAAAAUAUUCAGAUGUUUAUGUGCCUCUGUUUGUGAAUGAGUGUUUAUUUAUAUCAGGAAAAAAUGUUGCCCAUUUUUAAUUCUGAAAUAUUUGAGAAAGUUGUAUACUUGACCUGAAUACAGCAGUUUUAUUUUUGAAUUGUCAGAAGCUGAAGUUGUGAAAUUAAAUGUUGAGCACUUUUUUAAACCAAAGUUUUAUACUGAAAGACAUUGCUCGUGAUCUCAACGGGGUGAAGCAACUGCCACAAAUACAAGGGAUGAGUGCAUUAUGCUUACCUUACUUGCAGUAGAUAAAAUUUGCCACAACAGUCAUGUUGUUCGCCACAAGAAAGGAAGUCCUUGCCGUGAGAAAGAACCAACUGAGCCUUUCUCAGCUAUAAAUUGUGGUGACUGCACUCUUGAUCUCAUUGACACAUUCUUCACUUCUCUAUCUUCUCUAACAAUUUUCUUGGUCCAACUUUCUCCUCCACUGAUAAAUUGAGACCAACAUUAUUGCUGUGUGAAAAACACAGAACUGUACAGGUACAUUUGUGUAAUUCAUCAUUUUGUAAAUCAAGAGGAAAUAAAAGUUAAAAGCAAAAACAUCCCGUUAGUGAGUAGCAAAUACCAUUUUUAAUCCUAAUUCCUCUUACUGUGAACUAAAGUAGUAAUGAGAAGACUGCAUAACCCUUCAAAUAACAAUGUUGACCUGCAGUGGUGACGUGUAUUAGGUUUAUAGUGUAAAACCGAAAGGAAAGGUUUUGAAAGACUGUUUUAGAAUCAUUUGGCUGGAGAAACUUUGUGCUGUGAAAUAUUCUCCAUACUCUUUGCUUUGACCCCACUUUCAGUAACCUGAAGCAAACCUUCCCUUGAAUCUGGUUGACAAUGAGGUGUAAACAUUACAUUGCAUCAUGGGAGCAACUGUCUGUCAGGAAACCAAUUACACCACUUCCCUUAGCCUAUUGAAGGCAGACACAUGGCUAUCAUGUCCUGGCAAAAAUGUUCGGCCAGCAACAGUUGAAUUUUGAGAUCUGCCUGAUUCUAAUGCAAUACUGUCUCUCAUUACAGUGAAAUAAUUAUUCCAAAAUUGGCUUCAUGACUUGCAGCAGUCAGUAGUAGCUGCUUAAAAAUAGUUUUUUUAAAAAAGUGUUGAUGUGCAUAGGCAUGCAUAUUCUUACCUGUCCUAGGACCUUUGACAAUAGAACAGGAGGACAUCUGUUGAACAUGUUCCUUUAUAGGCACUUUGUGCAAAGUGAACAGCUGUGACUAUUAAAGACUAAACCCCAUAAUUUGAUUUCACUUAAGAGUUAGAAUUUGGUAAUAAUUGCUUUUAUAAACUUGAAAAAUAAAGGCACACAAAAGCAAAGUACAGAAGUCUAAUAUGCUAAAACAAAGUUUGAUCCCUGACUUUUAAAAAGUAUGAAUUUCUCCUAUAUUUGGGAUAUACUGUAAUUAUAGUUGGCACCAUACAAGAUCAAAAAGCCAGAGUUGCCAAUAAAACAAAAGGAUCAGGGAUGAAAUCAUUACUGGUUUGAGGAACAGCAUCUGUAUUGACUUUUAAAAAUGGGUAAUUGCAGAAGAGCACAAAUGAGAGAAAAUGUACAAUCCUUUGGUUUUGAUACAUUUUACCAAUUUACAUGUCACUUAAGCAAAGGCUAAGUCCACAUCCUGUAUUUGGUUAAGUUGAUUAUGUAUUUAUUGCCAGUGAAUUGAGUCUAAAAUUGAGACUGAUAUAAAACUGCAGGUAGAUCUGUGCAUGUAUAUUGUUAAAUUCGGUUUCAGACUGAAAUUACACUGCUUUGAAACUUGAAUAACAUCGCUGUUUUUUUUAAGCUGUGAUGAGAGAGCACCUUUAUCAUGUUGAUGACAAAUUCUUCUAUUUGAUCACCCUUCAUAUAGUAGAGAAAAUAAUUUGAUUUGUCAGUUAAGUAUAGAUAUAAUAGGAAACAUCUCCCUAUUUUUAUGUGAAACUAAAAGAAUUGGCCAUUAUUGUAUGCAUUACUCCUUUGAUAUUACAGCACUUAAUAUUGGAUGAAACACCAAUUUUUAAUUGUGUUUGCCUUAAAUUCUACCGAAUACUCUAAUUUCUGUACAGAAAUAGGCUUGUGACUUCUUAUGACCACAAUUUGCCACAAACCAAUGGAUGGAUUAGUGAAUUAAUUUGUCACAUUACAGCACAAUUAGUUCCAUUAUUAGGUGCAUUUGUUGAAAUGCAUGUCAACUAAGUGUUUGUCUUAAAUAUAUUUAAGGGUUUUUUCCUUCCUGUUUCUAAUAAGCCUGCAACGGUGCAAGAGGGAGUUUUCCCAAUUUAUGUAUUGGGAAAGAAAAAAGAAAUCUCAUCCUCAAUGCCAAAUGCGUGGCCCUUUCAAAGGGAACAAGCCAAGUUUUAACUCAAGUAAACAAAUUUUCAUUUCGUUUAAUAACUCUUCCAAGAACUCUAGAAUUAUUGUAUACCAUUUGACGACACUGAGCUGUACUUACUGAGUCAAGUGACUUUUUUUUUUUUAAAAAAAUGAAAUAAAAUUAGCCAUCUUAUUUCCUGA